ACAUCUUGAAAUGGAAUUUAUUGAAAAAAAUAUGUAUUGGGGGUUUCUAGACCUUUUCAUAUCCGUGAUCUUGGAGGAAUUCUAUCAUUGAUGGUGCUGGGUGUAUGAAGCAAACUGCAAAUGUGAUUUAUAGUCUUGUAUAUUAGUUGGAAAGAUGGGAGAGAGGGCCGGAAUGCUGCAUUUCAGAUUGGACAACCAUGGCGACUCGAUGCUGGACCGGAUGAACUCCCUGCGCCAGCAAAACAAAUUUUGCGAUGUUACGGUGCAUAUUGAUGAUACGGAGGUGCCAGGGCACAGGGUGGUGUUUGCCGCCGGCUCGCCAUAUCUGAGGGACCAGUUUUUACUGAGCGAUUCAGGUGAGGUGCAUAUUUCCAUCCUACAAAACUCACAGGCUGGCAAACAGCUUCUCCUCUCCUGUUACACUGGAGUCCUAGAGUUUCCUGAGAUGGAACUUGUCAAUUACCUGACGGCCGCCAGCUUUCUGCAAAUGAGUCAUGUGGUGGAGAGAUGUACAGAAGCCUUGUGGAAGUUCAUCAAACCCAGCCAGGAGAGGAAAGAUGACGGUCAGGAAACCAGUGUAGAUAAACAUGUAAUAGAGCAAGAAGAAGAAGAAGAAGAAGAAAUUGAGGAUACCCUACAGCCAGAAUCUCCAGUGGCUACACAUUCAGAAGACAGCCUGGAUAAUGACGACAUUCAGAUUGUUAAGAUUGAGUCCAUUGGAGAAGUGACCAGUGACAAAACGAAAGUGUGUCAAAGCCAGUAUAUUUCUUCCGAACAGACUGCUCUCCAUUCUCUUGAGCCACAACACUCACUGAUCAACUCCACUGUAGAAAACAGAACUGGAGACGCUGAUAACCCUCUGCACAGCUACACUAUGUCCGAUAAUAGCAGCGACAACAUGGGGCCACCAGCUAAAGAACUAUUUGGUCCUGGAAACAGGAUAGUAGACAAGACAUUACAGUGGCAUCACCAGUGUCCCAAGUGCACAAGGGUCUUCCGGCACUUAGAGAACUAUGCCAACCAUUUAAAAAUGCACAAGUUAUUUAUGUGUCUCCUAUGUGGAAAAACUUUUACACAGAAGGGUAACCUGCACAGGCAUAUGCGUGUGCAUGCAGGCAUCAAACCCUUCCAGUGUAAAAUAUGUGGUAAAACAUUUUCUCAGAAAUGCUCCCUGCAGGACCACCUCAACUUGCACAGCGGAGACAAGCCUCACAAAUGUAACUACUGUGACAUGGUCUUUGCACACAAGCCCGUGCUAAGAAAACACCUGAAACAGUUGCACGGUAAAAACAGUUUUGACAAUGCCCAUGAAAGGAACACGCAGGACAUUGGUCUGGACUAUGAUGCUUUUUCAAACACCCAUGACAGCAGUGACAUUAUAAGUCAGAGUAUUCACAAAUAAAUAGGGGCAGUGUAUGAAAAA